AUGGAAGAGGCUUACGACAGCACACUUACCGCGUCCCUCGAGCAGGAGGAGGACGGCGAAGAUGGCGAGAAGGCCGAGGCCGUCGAUGCUGGCAAGCAGACGACCGGCACUCUCAUGGCCGGAGAAAAGAUCAUGGAAGCUCUGGAACUAGGCCUCGAGGAUCUCGAAGUCGUACGCGACUGGCGCAAGGUCAAGGCCGCCAACCCCAACGCCGCCGCGCCCGAUCGUAACCCCGUCUACCUGGCUCUCAACAACGUCUCCGCCGAGCAGCACGUUCUGAACACCGUCCAGAAGAUCCCCGCGGCUGCCCUCCAGGACGCUCUCUUGGUUCUGCCAUUCUCCAAACUCUCCGCUCUCUUCACCUUCCUCAACAUCUGGGCCGAUCGCGAAUGGAACGUGCCCCUCACCUGCCGCGUGCUGUUCUUCAUCCUGAAGACCCACCACCGCCAGAUUGUUGCUAGCAAGAUGAUGCGUCCUAUGCUCGACAGCAUUCGGGUAUCGCUUCGUCGGGUCCUUGCCCGUCAGAAGGACGAGAUGGGCUUCAACCUUUCCGCGCUGCAGUUCAUCGGCAACCAGAUCCGCGAGCAGAGUAUCACGGACUACGUUGAUGAGGAGACUUGGGAGGAGCAGCAGACCUCCAAGGGCACGGGCAAGAAGCGCCAGUUUGUCAGCGUCGCCUGA